AUCUCGCCUUGCCGAAAAUUGAAUGGAGAAGCAGAGCCUCCAAGCUUGCGUGGUCUUGCCGCCGCCUUGCACACCUCGGGGGCUCCAGCAACUCACGCCGCGUGAAGCUCCGUGAAAGUGCCGCUGGCCGCGGCUGCUUCUGGGCGAAGCGGGACGACACACACCCUCCACGCAGAGGCAGCAUGUCUUCUUCGGUCAAACAAAGGAGUAACAAGGGCGGCGGCGGCGCCCCGUCCGAAAAGGGAGCCCAUUCUAGCCACCCCGAUGACGUGGCAAAGAAGCAGCAGCAGCAGCAGCAGCAGAAUCCGGCCCACCCGAAGGGAAGCAAAGGAGGCUCUCCGUUUUCUGGAGGGGGCGGCCGAUCCGCCUCCUUCUGCAGCCUAGGCAAGCUCUUGAACUUUUUCUUCGUCCUCGUCCUUUUGGCGUCGGCUGCGUUCGUGGGCUAUUACGUCCAUCACCUCUUGGAAGAAGUGAACCGACUGGGCGUCAGGCAGGAAGGCUUGGCCAGGCAGCGAGAAGAGCUGGCCCGCACCGUGGAAGGGACAGUGCAAAAGGUCCAGUCUCUUCAGUCUGCAUUUGGAGGUUUUGAACUGACACUGAAAAACACUCAGGAAAAGCAAGAAGUCACUAAUAAAGCAGUUAGGCAAGGGGAAACUGAGAUCAGUCGCAUUGGUGAGGUUCUUCAGAAGCUACAAAAUGAAAUCCUGAAAGACCUGUCUGAUGGUAUUCAUGUUGUCAAAGAUGCCAGAGAACGAGAUUUUACAUCUCUAGAAAACACUGUUGAAGAAAGGUUAACAGAGUUGACGAAGUCUAUAAAUGACAAUAUUGCUGAAUUCACUCAUGUCCAGAAACAGAGCCAAGAUGAAAUCAAUGAGGUAAAAACAAAGGUGGCUUUGCUUGGAGAAACAGAAAUAUAUAAGGAUGAACUCCAAGUGUUGAAAGGUAUUGUUGAUGAAAUGCAAGCUUCCAUGAGAGCUAAAGAGAAGACCAUAGAGUCACUGCAAAGUACCAUAGAUUCAAUGGAGUCUGAUGUGUUGUCUGAAGUCAAAGAACUCAUCAACCUCAAGCAGGAGCAUGAAAGGUUCAAAGAAGCUGCAGAUACAGAACAUCUUUCCUUACAGGCUUUAGAGGAGAAAGUUCUAAAAGCAGAAGAGUCUGUGGCACAUCUUCCAGAUGAGUUUAAAAGACUCAAAGAAGAAUUGGAACUCAUCAGAUCUUCUGGUAGUGUACAAGAAGGCAAUGCACUUUCCAAUGAUAUGAUAGAAAAUCUGCAAAAGAACAAUGAAGAAUUUCAAUCCAGGCUUGAAUCCAUAGAAAGGAACCUUCAGACUUUGGUGUCACCCUCUACACAGCACACAGAAGAGAUUGAAUCUUCUCUGUCUCUCUAUGAGAGCAAGCUAGCUACACUAGAAGAAAAUCUAGGCUCUCUCCGUGGUACGUUGGAGAGUGAUGUGCGUUCCGUCACUGAUUCUGUAAGGGGUCUCAGUGAAGCUCAACUCUUAAUAUACAAUGAUGUUGAUGAGCUAAGGAAAAGUGUGACUGACUUGCCAAACAAUGCUGAAGCACUUGGUAAUAUCCAGAAACAAGUUCGUGCUUUGCUGGAUCAAGAAAGGCCUCCAACAGACAUUGGGCAGUCUAAAGAUAACCUAGAAGAACUCUCGUCUAUGAAAGAUACCAUUAAUGAAUUGCAAUCUUCUUUUGGCCAGGUUGAAUCUGACUUAAAAAUGCUCAGAGCUGCAGUUGACAGUUUGGUUGAUUAUUCUGUGAAAAUAGAGUCCAAUGAGAAUGAUGUGCACUCGGUGAAGAGCUCAUUAGAUGAUAUACGGAAUGACCUGGACAGGUUGUUUGUGAAAGUAGAAAAUAUACAUGAAAGAGUUUAAGCAUCUGGUACAAUGCAUCUUUAACUAUUGAAUUGCCAAAAGAGAGAGAGAGGGGGGGAGAGAGAGAGAAGAAAGAAAAGGGAAAAAAAGCUUUAAUAGGUCAAAGAGUUUUUGUUGUUGCUGGUUGGCUUGGAACAAAGAUUUGUUGAUGCCUCUAGAACAAUCAUAAUACUUUCUAGUUAGUCCCCCAUUAUUAUUUUUUCAAUUUCUGGGAUAAAAAUGUGUGUUUCUGCUGCUUAAUCCAUAGUGUAUGGGUGGGGAUGAGGGCACAAUUUGUGAUGGAUAUUUGACAGACUUGGGGGCUUCAUUGUGCACCAGAUGGACUAUAAAUUUGUUAGUUUGAACAAAUACAGCUAGAUUCACAUGUCAGUUACUUCACACAGGUAAUCUACUUCCUCCAUUGAAAUAAAGCGGCUGGUACAUGCAAGAGUUCUAGGUACGUAUCAAAGUGUGCAUAGGGCUCUGCGUAUGUGUGAGUAAUAUUGACAGUGAUGACAAGCAAAUUCUUAUAUAGAGAAGUAUAGUGUAAUAAAAUUCAGGAUUUUGGCUCUGUGAUGAAACAACUCUGCAGCCCCCAUAUUAAAUACUGCUAUUCCAUUGCAAAACCAAAGAACAUGCUUCUUAUACUGGUCAUAUAGAAUAAAACUUGGCAAUAACUCGUAGAACAUAGCCAUCAAUCUAAUUUUAACGGGAUCAUUACUAUGUUAUAGGCUGAAUUUGUUUUCAGCUUUGAUGCUCAUUUCCUUAUUACCUAUAUCUGAAGGAACUAAGCCAGGGAGAUGAAACCUGCUAAAUAAAAACAUGCUAUUUUGUUAAAACUGCCAAAAGGGGAGGGCUAAAAGAUACAGAAUGGUUUCCAAACAAAAUUCUUUUAACAUCUCCUGUGCAAUGUGGCAAGGUAUAAUGGGCAUCGCUAUGAGAUUUGUGCUAAGUGCCUGAUCUUCUGUUGUUGACUUUGAUGAAACAGAACUGGACCUCAGGCAGGGAUUUAAAAUAAACUUCAGAGGUGCAUUUGUUGAAAAAAUAAAGAGUAUUAGGUAAUAUUCAUUUUUAAAGAACCACUGAAUCAUGCAACUGCCUGGAUUCUUGUUUACCUUCUUCAGAAAAUAUUUGCAUUUUGGUCUUUCACUUUUUUUUCACUUAAAUGUUUUAAAAGUUAUCUAAGAAUUGAAACAGACUUUUGAGGAAUGCCUGUAAGAACCACCAGCACUAACUUCAACAAAUUGUAACACUUACUUUCGGGGGGAAAUACCAUAGCAGUAAAGGUAAGAUUGUCCUCAGGUAGGAGACAGAAAAGAUGUCUGACUGUCUCAGAGGUUAGCGCCGGUGUGCAUGUUCAGAAACUGCUGCCAUGAGACCCUAACCAUUAAAAUCCAAGACAGAUGCACUGCUUUGAAGUCAGUUAUUACUUUUCUAAGCUGCUCCUCAUGGACUUGCCUUUUAUGAGUCUUGAACAACUGUAUAGUUGACUGUGAAAUCAAUGUUUUUCCAAUACCUGUAAUGCCUAAUAAACACUUGGCACCCUA